UAUAUGCUAUCCUAAACACCAUUGGUCUCUGGUUAAACCCGCCCACUCCAUGCUCCAACCAAUGGGAUUACGGUACUGCCCCCAAGACCAAUCAGGACGAGGGUUUCAUGGCCGGUGCUAAUUUAUCUGUCAGGACUUCAAGAGCAAUAAAAAGAUGAUUUGAGAUGUUGACGUGCACUUUGUCCAGUUGGAUGGACCCCAGCCGAACAUGGCUUCUGAACUCUGCCAGACCAUCUCUGUGGCCAAGCUGGAAAGGCACAAGAAUCUCUUCUUAAAUUAUCGCAACCUAAACCACUUUCCUUUAGAACUGCUAAAGGAUGAAGGACUUCAGUAUCUUGAGCGACUUUACAUGAAGCGUAACUCUCUGACCACACUGCCAGAAAAUCUUGCCCAGAAGCUACCUAAUCUUGUUGAAUUGUAUCUCCACUCAAAUAACAUUGUCUUUGUCCCAGAAGCCAUCGGUUCCCUGGUGAAGCUGCAGUCCCUGGACCUGAGUGAUAAUGCACUUGAAAUCCUAUGCCCUGACAUUGGAAGACUCAGGUCGCUGCGUCAUUUACGGCUGACAAACAACCGCCUGAAAUUCCUCCCUCCAGAAAUUGGAAAGCUGAAAGAACUGCAGACAUUAGAUCUUUCCACCAAUCACUUGGUUACUUUACCAGAAAAGCUGCACCUAUGCCAGUCACUACGUUACCUGACAGUGGAUCGGAACUUUCUGUGGAGCAUUCCUCGUCACCUCUGCCAGUUAGCUAGUCUGAACGAGCUCUCUAUGGCUGGGAAUCGGCUGGCAUCUCUGCCUUUGGACUUGGGAAGAUCGCGGGAGCUACAGUAUGUGUAUGUGGACAACAAUGUUCAGCUGCAGGGUCUUCCCUCAUAUCUCUACAACAAAGUUAUUGGCUGCAGUGGCUGCGGCCCACCUAUUCCCAUAUCUGAAACAAAGCUGCUUUCUUUUACCUCUGGCCCACUGAGUGUCCACCUCCCCGCCGAGGUGAAGUCCAUUGGUUUAGCCACUGACUCAGUUUUGCCUCUACAAGAACUGGCACUGCGCUCUCUCCAUGCUGCUUUCUGCUCAGUCUUACCAGAUGUAAGCGGCCUUACCCACAUCUCAUUACCCAGAAGUCUAUUAGAGCUACUACAGUGUCCUCUGGGGCACUGUCAUCGCUGCAGCCAGUCCAUGUUUACUAUUGUGUAUCCAAAGCUUUUUCCUCUGAGAGAGACUCCUAUGGCUGGACUACAUCAAGGGAGAACAGCUGUCAGUUUUGUGGCAUACUGCUGCUCCACCCAGUGUCUCCAGACAUUCGAUCUACUAAGUUGAUGUUUAUUUCCACUGGCAAUAUUGGACUAUUCUAUCUUGCCCCGUCGUCUUACGUUACAAUCAAGAACCAGCAGUGAUAGAUCCUAAAUGUACAAACCAGUUUGAGUGAACUGGGGUCUGGUUCAUGUUGACAACGCCCCCAGACACCCUUUACUGUCAUUUCCUGUAGAUUCUUCAAUAAAGACUCUCUUUUCCUUGUGUGUUUUUGGAUGAAUCAUACAUACCUCAGGGAGGUGGAUCUGCCAUCCAUCCAAAAUCAUUAUGAAAAAUGUGAUUUAACAAACAGGCCCACAAUGGUCUUAAAGGGGUACUCCAGCCCUAAGUCCUCUUAUCCCCUAUCCAAAGGAUAGGGGAUAAGAUGUCUGAUUGCGGGAGUCCCACUGCUGGGGACUCCCGCAAUCUAGCAUGCAGCACCCACCUGUGAGCACGGCCGUUUAACCCCCUGCCAUAGACUUGCAUUGAGGGGGGGUGUGAUGUCACAUGGGGGGCGGAGUCGGGACGUCACGAUACUCCGUCCCCGUUGUCCGGAGGCAUAAGACUUGGAUCCUCCAGCGCUUCCUGCAGUGCUCACAGGUGGGUGCUGCAUGCUAGAUUGCGGGGGUCCCCAGCAGCGGAUAGGGGAUAAGAUGUCUUAGGGCCGGAGUACCCCUUUAACCAUUACUCAAAACUGAUGCCAUAAAUAUUAAAUGAUGAAGGAUUGGCCCAGAAUUCAUGUAUUAUAACAUUUUUUUUUUAAAUGCCAAUGAUUGCCAUGUGUCAACAUGUUUAAAGUCUAAAGAUAGUGUAGACCUUGCUGGAAACCUCCUUAGUAACAGAUCUCUUCUGUGGUAUACUUAUUGCGGUAUGUUGCUUUUAUGCAUCAGAAACACCUGUUAACAUGGUUUAUCUAUAACAAGAACACAAGGAGCAAGAAAGUCUUUACUGAAUUACCAAACACAGAAACCAGCGGAUAAUGCAUCAGCCCUAUUUCCAGUACUGGGGCAGCCUUUGAAUUCUCCGUAUCCUGACGGUAAAAAUGGUGCUUUAUGAAGAUUAAAAGAUUUUAGAAUCUUGCUUUUUAACUAUUUCACUGCCAUAAACAAGAGCAAAUCCAUUAUCAACAAUGUUAUCAUGAAAGGAGGGAGUUCUUUAAGUGGAUGUAUGUCAUGACACCAUAGCGUUUACCUGGGAUUGGAAGGGUUGCAGAUGCUUUCUGGAUCACAUGUGCCAACAGCAAAUCUCUCAACGCUGCGUGUUAAUAGAACACCAUGGCUGCUGACCAGAAAUCUUAUUAAAGGCACUGGAAUAGAUCAUCAUUUCUAAUGAUCUCAUCCCAGAAACGUCUCAACAAAAUAUGGACUGAAAUAAAGCUGCUUUUUAUGUGAAA